AUGUUGCUUCUCGGUUUAUUGUUGUUUUGUAUUUUGGAUUGGUCAUACAGUCAAACUGAUUUAUGCGACAAGAGACUGUUUUCCUCCUACACACAUCAAUCAAAACGAUCUGUGAAUUAUGAUGAAACAACAACGUUGAGUGAUAGAUUUAUGAGAGAGGGGUGGUAUGGUAGUCAAGACUUAAUCAUUCCGUCUGUGCAACCUGCUAGUGGACACUGUGGAGCUAAAUUUCCCAUCUUUUUACAAAGUGCACCGCGUGUUAAACGUGUUAUAGUAGACGUUAAAGCGUGUAUUCGUGAUUGUAUAACCCAAAUGGAUAUCAAGGCGUUAAAAUGUUCUGAUCGAUUAACCAUAUACAAAUUGGUACGACCGUUAAAUAGUGGCGCUGCAUAUUGUCUAGAUGGAAUCCAAACCGAUCUAUUAGAUUUUAACACAAACGUGACUGUUAAUACAAACCUAAGACCGGUUCCUGGUUCCGACGAUGAACAGGAAUUUAUAUUCGACUGUUCUUUUCCCAAUCCUAAUCAAGAUUCACAUGUAUACAAGGCGACAUGGUUUGUUGAUGAUGUGAUGGUAUACGAGUCUAACUAUACUGAUUAUAACGAUGUCAAUAAAAUCAGAAGUUUAACAGAUACUAGGCUAAGAGACAGUAACAUCACUACACUCGGCUUUCAGCUUCACUGUGAUAUAAGUGCAGCCGUAGAUACAAGUGGGGGGCGAUCGAGUUUCCCGUCAACUAGUAGGAAAAAAUUUAUUGGGAUGACAGUUCAGAAUCCGAAUAUAAAUUUAAAAGAAGGAGAAAAGGGAAGAAUAUCGUUUUGGUCUACAGUUCCUAUCGGUUGUGCUGAAACUGGUGGAUGUUUAUUAACAGUAACUGCUGAUAUACCCAAGGAAGGAGAGGAUCUUUGCGAACCUACUCCAACAGCUAAUGAGAUCACUUCAACAGUAACUGAGAAUUAUGGAGAAUCUGUUAUUCAGAAGAAAAUAUUUCUACGAACGGACAGUUCAUAUUUCAGUCACCCUAUCUGGCAGAAUUACUUCCUCGAACCAGUAACGAUCAAUAUAUUCAAGAAUACAUCCCUCAUUGAAGGCAGAUCCUGUGGAAUUCACCAAGAUCCGUAUUUAGAGGAUUUCUCCACCACCUUUUGGUAA